GGCCCCGGGCGCGGGCGGAGGGGGCGGGGCCCGGUACGGGCUCGGGGAGGCCGUCACCGUCUACGUCAACAAGGUGGGCCCCUACCACAACCCGCAGGAGACCUACCACUACUACCGCCUGCCCGUGUGCCGGCCCGGCCGCGUGCGCCACAAGAGCCUCAGCCUCGGAGAGCUGCUCGACGGGGACCGCAUGGCGGAGUCGCUCUACCGGCUCGCGUUCCGCCGCGACCACAGCAGGAGGCUGCUCUGCGAGCUGCGGCUGGAGCAGCGGGAGAUUGAGGAGCUCAAGGAGGCCAUCGAGGAGCUGUACUACUUUGAGUUUGUGCUGGAUGACAUCCCGAUCCGAGGCUUUGUGGGUUACCUGGAGGAGAGCGGCUUCCUGCCCCACACCCACAAGAUCGGCCUGUGGACCCACCUGGACUUCCACGUGGAGUUCAACGGUGACCGGGUCAUCUACGCCAAUGUCAGCGUGCGCAACGUCAAGCCCUUGAGCCUGGAUGAGCUGCAGGCGCCUGCCAGCAUGACGCACACCUACAGCGUGUACUGGCACGAGACCAGCUUCCCAUACGAGCGGCGGGGCGAGCGCCUGCGUGACUCCAGCUUCUUCCCCCGCACCCUGGAGAUCCACUGGCUGUCCAUCAUCAACUCCAUGGUGCUGGUCUUCCUGCUGACCGGCUUCGUCGUCAUCAUCCUCAUGCGGGUGCUGCGCAAUGACUUCGCCCGCUACAACCUGGAGGAGGAGGCGGCUGCCGAUGACUUCGACCAGGCCGACAACGGCUGGAAGAUCGUCCACACCGACGUCUUCCGCUUCCCCCCGCGCAAGAGCCUCCUGUGCUCCGUGCUGGGCGUCGGCACCCAGUUCCUCGCCCUGGGCACGGGCAUCAUCAUCAUGGCGCUGCUGGGCAUGUUCAACGUCCACCGACACGGGGCCAUCAACUCGGCCGCCAUUCUCCUGUACGCCCUGACCUGCUGCAUCGCCGGCUACGUCUCCAGCAACUUCUACCGCAAGAUCGGGGGCGAGCGCUGGGUGUGGAACAUCGUCCUCACCACCAGCCUCUUCUCGGGUGAGCGCUCGGAGGCCGGGCGGGGGGCGGGGGGCGAGGGGUGGGGUGCGUAACCUGAGGCAGGGGAU